AACGCCAUCUUCCGUGUUCCCUCAUGUAAAUGUCACCCUCCAGACGUGGUAGGAAAGCCCGCAAGUUCUCUCCGAAGAGGUCAUGGACACCCAUCGAGACCGAGAUUGUGCAAAAGUGGGUCGAAAACCAGUGGCUCGCGAUGGUGGAGGGCUUGGACGACCUCUAUUGGAUGUACGCCACGGUUGCCCGCGAUGACGUCAACACGCUGGUGUUGACGAACGACCUCAUGCGGGACCACCGAAACUUCUUUCCGGGAACUCGAGAGUUCGUCCGCUGGAAGCGCAGCCACCUCGUGUCCUUCUCCUUCCUCUGGGAGAAAGGCGGGCCUCAAGCAUGGAUGCAGGGCAAGCAGCCGGAGGAGUCCCCGACCCCUCCGGCGAUCAAUCUUUCUCCGGGAGCUUCGUGGAAAGAAGUGCAGAGAACGGGCUCAAACUGGCAUCUGCCUGUUCGAGUGAGGCGAAACUCCAAGAAGCACAACUGCGACAAUAAUAGCGACCGCGACGACGGCUCGCGCGACCAUGCCGAGCCGAUCAAAAGCUGCCUGUGUAUCCCGAUGCCAACGUCGAUGACACGGGCCUCCGAUCCUUCCCGCUCGUCGACGUACUCACGCCCGAAGAAGUCAUCGUUGUUGCCGACGGACGAUGGGGGAAUAGAAAAGAGAGAGGAGGAAGGGGAUCGAUAUCGCCGAACUAUCAACACGGCAUAGUUGCCAUGCAUGCGUGCGAUGGCAUGGCGCGGGUGGGUUCGGUGUGUUGGAGGACUACGUGUGUGGGUGAACACCACCGAUGCGGGCGCCUGGCGAACAAAAUGCUUUAAUAUGGACUGUGACUUGUGCCGCGUUAUCGGUUGUGACUUGUGCCGCAUGAACUUUCCGAGGCGAUUUCACUCCCAUCCCGUUGCCGUCGUUGUCGCCGGGACGGUUCGAAGCGGGGGUCUGGACAUUCCCGUCCUUGACCCCCAAACGGGUGCAUCUUGAGUGGAGAAGCCCCUUGGAGGGUACAGUUAGCUCGAUAUAUUUUGUCCUCGUUGCUAUCCGUGGACGGCGCUGUAACACGAUUCUCUAGUCUGACCUUGAUAAUAGCCUUUGAGAGUGGCACCGCUAGAAA